ACUGCAGCCACCGCCGAGCACAGAAGGUCAUGCCGAGAUCUGUGGAAGGGCAGGGGAGCCAGGCGGUGCCAGGAGGCGAGGCUGAGCUCGGCGGGGCUGCUGGCGGCGCUGCGGGGGGGCUGGAGGAGGGAGGCGGGAGGAGGAGUUGAGGAGCACGGGCCCGGGAGCCUCCCCGCUUACCGCACUAGGAAGUGACGCUUUCCCUGAGUCCCGGAGAGAAAGAAACAAAGUUUGGGGUUUUGGGUUUUUUUUUCUCCUCCUUCUUUAGCACCCCCACCCCACCCCCACGCAUUUGCGAACUGCCGCUCCGCGUCCCCCCGCAGGUGCCCGGCCGCGGCGGCCCUGCCUCGCCUCGCAGUGUAAAAGCAAUGCAAGGUAUCAUUAACACUUCGGUAUAUUUGGAGGCAAGACACAGUAUCUUCUGGGAAUACGGUAUCAGAACUGGCUCUGUGCUUUAUGCAAAGGACCUGUAACUGAGUGGACCCUACUGACUUCUGAACCACAAAGGGUAAGAGUGAAAAGAAGUGAGAGAAGCACACAAAGAAAAAGGAAGUGGAUGCACUUUCAUCUGGACUUCUUUCCUGCCCUUUAUUACUAGAACUGAAUGGAAAAGAGAAACUUCCGUGCCUUUCCUCCCCCAGCCUCAGGGAUGGGUGGAUUGUAAAUACAGUGCGUGCAGCUGGGAGAAUAAACUGAACCAUGAAUCUUCAAGCUCAGCAAAAGUCUUCAAGCAAAAGGACUGGAAAACGAAUUGCCUAUUUUAAUGACCAGGAAAUAAAUGUGUCAUCAAAAGAACCACAGCAGCAGCUUAAGGAAGGACAGUUCUAUGGUCAUGGAGGGAAUAUACCUGUCUCCCAAACUAUGGAGAUGUCUCAUGCAGGAGGAUUAACAAGUGCCCCCAACAAUGUUGCUUUGAUGAACUCUGUUUACAAUCAAGAUAGGGGAGAAUCAAUGAUGAUGUCCCAGACGGUAACAGCUGUCAAAUGGCAGAAUUCACUAAUGGGAAACCGGUUGCCAGAGAGGGGUGACAGCCACUGGCAGUCUCCACCUUCGAUGUGGAACCACAGUAUGGUUUUUGCGGGCAACCCAAAAGGGCCCCACUCCAAUGCUGGUGCCCCAGGCUUCUAUGGCCACCCAGAAGCCCUUAAAAGAAAUCAAGAGAAAGGAGUGUUUGUGUCACAGCUUGACUUGUAUGGAGAUGCUGUCCAGCAGAUGAUGUCCCAGAAGGCUCAGCUGGAACAGCAAGCCCUGGUUAGGCAGCAAGCUCAGAUGAAUUCUUUUCAUCAGAUGCAGAAGCAGCAGCAGCAGAAUCAAAGUCUGCCGUUACAGUCUUUCCAACUAGCAUUUGGUCACCAAGGCCAAAAGCAGGGUCUUCCUGAAUUAUUACAUGUCUUUCAAGAAGCUCCAGCUUCUUCCAGUCCAGCAUUUACCGCCCAACAGAAACAGCAAGCUCUUCCCCAGCUACAACUGUUUGAAAAUUUUUAUCCUCAACAGCAGCAGCAGCAACAGGCUGCCACACAAGCCUUUGGUCUGCAGCAAACAACUUCCAUAGCACAGCCUCAUGUGGCAGCAGCAGCACCUCAGCAUCACAUGAUGGCACACCAGUUUCAGCAAACAGAGAGGAACCAGGAGCUAUUCAAGGCUCUAACAGAGCAGAACCAACCGACGGUGCUACCUCAGACCCAGAUUCCCUUUCCAAGAAGGUCACGGAGACUCUCCAAAGAAGGUGUCCUGCUGACAUCUACAGGAGAAGUGCUGGCUUCCAAGCAGACAGAAGAACAACCUAGCAAUUUAUUUCUGCAUCACUGGCAAACACAUCAGCAAGAAGUUCCAUUACAGCAGCCACCUGAAUCACUGGCCCACAACAAAAGUAGCUAUUCACACCCCAAGAGAAUAGAUCUGGGCCAGAAGGAUGUCCUGGUCAACAGUGAGCUGUGCCAGAUGGAAACAGGCAGGGAAGCCACAGGCCAGAAUGGUAGAGAUGGGGAGAAACAGGCAGCAGCAGCUGAAGAAACCACUCAGAGAACUAAUGAUUUUCAGGGUGUCAGAGGUGGUGUAAUCCAGAGUACACGGCGGAGACGGCGUGUUUCCCAAGAAGCCAAUUUGUUAACUUUGGCCCAAAAAGCUGUUGAGCUGGCUUCUCUUCAAAAUGUAAAGGAAAUGGAUACUUCAGAAGAGAAGAAGAGUAUGCACAUGGCUCCAGGACCUACAGCUGCAAAAAGUGUUGUGGAAUUUGCCAGUUCUUCACCAGCUCCCAAAAGAGCCCGGGAAGAUAACAGCCUUGUGCCUCUUAUCAUUCCUGUGUCUGUGCCAGUGAGAAAAAUUGACUUGCAGAGCCUUGGAAAGGAAAAGUCUGAGGAUGGAAAACUCCAGAGAGGCCAAACAAACGAUCGAGCUCCUUGUGAACGCAAGCCUUCUGUGAUAGUCACUCGGAGGCGAUCUAAUCGUAAUACUAACAUGGAAACCUCAAAUCAGCAUGAAGAUGCUGUUCCAAAGGAUGAAGCAGAGGGCUUUGCCCGGAAACCAAAGCAGCGGCCAAGGCCUGAGCCCCUCUUCAUACCACCAAAAGCUGGCACCUUUAUUGCACCACCUGUUUAUUCUAACAUUACUCCAUAUCAGAGCCACUUAAGGUCGCCUGUCCGUCUGGCAGAUCAUCCUUCGGAUAGGAACUUUGAGCUACCUCCUUACACUCCUCCGCCAAUUCUCAGUCCUGUGAGAGAAGGAUCUGGGCUAUAUUUUAAUGCUAUCCUCUCUUCAAGUGGUCAUUCAGUUCCACCUCCCAUGACUCCUAAAAGUGCUCACAGAACUCUUCUUAGAUCAAAUAGUUCAGAAGUUACCCCUCCUGUUCUUACAGUAGUGGGGGAAGCCACCCCAGUCAGCAUUGAACCGCGAAUAAAUGUAGGAAUUCGCUUUCAGGCAGAAAUCCCAUUGCUCCGAGACAGGUCUCUGGCAGCAGCUGAUGAACAUAAAGCAGAGCUGGUGUGGCAGCCAUGGGGUGACCUGGAAACCAACAAAGUCACCCAAAAGAAUGUGGAAAACCUGCUAGCUGCUGCCUGUUCAAGCAUUUUUCCUGGGGCUGGAACCAACCAGGAGCUGGCAUUGCAUUUCUUACAUGAAGCAAAGGGAAGCGUUCUGGGAGCUUUGACCAAACUGCUAUUGAAGAGGCCAGUACGAUCACCUACCCACCCUUUGGCAGAUUAUCACUACACAGGAUCAGACAAGUGGAAAGUUGCUGAAAAAAAACUUUUCAACAAAGGCAUUGCAAUCUACAAGAAAGACUUUUUCUUGGUCCAAAAGCUUAUAAAAACAAAAACAGUGGCUCAGUGUGUGGAAUUCUACUACACAUACAAGAAACAAGUGAAAAUUGGUCGGAAUGGGACCUUAAUCUUUGGGGACAUUGAUGGUGCUAAUGAGAAAUCUAUGAAAGAUGAAGCUGAAGUUGACAUCAAGAGUUCCCAUAGGUUUGCACGUGUUCUUCCUCCCAGACGGGACAUUUACAGUGAAGAACAGGGGCAUGUGGAGGAAGAGGAGGAAGAAGAGGAGGCAGAGGAAGGGUUGGAUAACAGAAAGAAGAGCACAGUUCCUCUCAAAGAUGAACAGACACUACAAGAUGGUUUAAUAGCCAGCGAUGCAAAUAUGAGCAGUCAAGAGGCAAUUGUCACAGGCAGAAUUGGAAGGAAGCCAAGGGAGACAGCAGUGAAGCCUCGAAAACCCAUUAUUGCUCCAGUGCAGAGGAGGCGGCGGAAACAGAAGAUAAAAUCAGAUGCUACCAGUAAAACUCAGAACACAGAAAACACGUUUCCAUGUAAAAAAUGCGGCAGGGUGUUCUACAAGGUGAAGAGCCGCAGUGCUCACAUGAAAAGCCACGCGGAGCAGGAGAAGAAGGCAGCUGCACUGAAGCAGCAAGAGAAAGAGGCAGCAGCAGCAGCAGCAGCCCACAGUCGGGCCCGGCAGGAAGAGAGCAGUGACAGCGGGAGCAGCAGCAGUGGAAGCAGCAGCGAGAGCUCAGAUGAAGAAAUAUAGCAGCAGACCAGAAGUGGAGGGAGUAGCAAGGCUGGACCCAACCUCCCUCUUGGUGGUCUCCCUCUUUUUUGCUUGCACUUUUCUUACCUGAACAUCAGGUCUCAGUUUCAGUGCUGCUGUUUCCUCAUGCUACGUGUUCCACUUCACCUUGCCAGUACUGACCAAGCCGGAAUGGUGGAUGAAAAGAUUUGAUUCAACUUGGCUUUUUUUUUUUUUUUUUUUUUUUUAAAACAAAUAAGGGGUUUCUAUUCUAUUUAUAAUGAUACCUGAUGUACAUAACGGAACAAUGUCACCUGCAGUGGAAGUAAGUUCUCUCUCAGGUCAGUCAGACCUUUCUUUUUGUGCUUGACACAGGAAUUGUGAUAACAGGACUCUUGAAUAUAAAAGUUUCCAGACAAAAGUGAGAAAAUUAUGCUCUGCUCUGAGCUAAGUGUAUCCAGUUACUGUGACACUGGUGAUUUCUAGAUGUUUCCUUUCUCAGCAAGUUCUCCUUCCUGUUACUCUUUCCUGCCUUCCUUUCUGAGUACUUACUCAGGCAGCCAACAAGUUUUGUGGAAAGAUGGUGUGCGCUUUUGGCCUCUGCUUCACAAACAUGAGAAGCGGGAUGAGCAAGACACUCUUCUUCCUUUUGAGAGGAAGUUUUAUUUUUCAAAAAGAAGCUUGAGGUGGUUUCUCUUAUGCCAUUAAGAAUGCAGCAGUGGAUAUAAAAAAAAUCCUGUGGGAUUAGAGUAGCCACAGAGCUCGUGGGUUGUCUCAUCUUGGAAAACAAAAUAGUCUGCCUUUGAUUGACUCAAUGGAAAGUAGUCUGGGCUUUACAAGUGCAAUUUGAAAUGAAAACUGCUGGUUUUGACUUUGCAUAAAUGGGAGCAAGCUGGUUUAGCGAAAAUGAACCAGGACCACCGUGUGCGCUGGAUUGUGUGCACCUCUGAGAUGGGAGGAAUGGACUCUCGUCUCCAGCAGUGAUCCCUCUGUGAAUGGCUUUUACAUGGCUUUUACCUCUCAACGUGCCCAUUUCUGUCUUGUGGUAGCCCUCAUUUAUUCCUUGAAAUUCCCAUCACCAGGAGCCUGUGUGGUGGGGCCCUCAUUUCCCAAACACCUCCUGUCAGACAGUACAUACACACAGGAGAAGCUCAUCACUUGUUUCCACACCAGUGGCUGGACAGCACUGCCCGUGGGGUUGUCCUGCUGUGAGCCUUGCUCUCCGCUGAAAGGCCGAUUCUUCCUUCAGAACUGACACAUGCUAACAGCCCAAAAAGUCUAGCCACCAAAAGCCUGCUGGUGAAGGAGAGUUACAAAGAAGUAGUCCAGGUGACGUAAAUGUUAGAUUUGCACAGGAACGUUCUGUACAUCUUUAUAGCCCACAUGUAUCAUUAUUUUGUAAAAACGCAAGGAAACGGAUCACUUCCUUGUGCUUCAUAGCUGGUCAGUCCUGGCUCAGCUCCCUCCCUCUAGCCAGCGCUUAGCACAGCGCUGAGCCCCCAGCCACCCCAGCCUCCGAGUGCCAGCGCUGCGUCAGAUUGCGUCGGCACUGCGCCACUGCGGCCGUGCUGCAGGAGUCAACUGCUCCUGCAUUCCUGAGCAGGGAUCCUAGGGGGGCUGCUGGACAUGAACUACAGUGUUCCUGACCGGCUGAUUUUUAUUUUAUUUUUUUUUUUUAAAAAAAUAAUCUUGACCCUUCAUGCUGCUAGAUAAAUUCCAGGUUGACUAUGGAAAGUGGCUUUAACUCCAGUGUGCCAUCUGGCAAUCUUUUCCUGCCCUGUGGUUUUAUGCAGCCAUGAUUGCUUCACCCUCCAAGUCUGGGAGGCUGUGUAUUGUACCAUGUUUGCUUUGACAUAUAUAUGCCUUUGCAUAGAAUCCUUUUUCUUGAUAGCAGAAACAGUUACUACUUUUACAAAACAAGUAGGAGUAUCAUUAAGGACUGCACUUCUUUCCAUGUUGACACUUUUGCCUUUUAAGUGUUCAAUUUUCUGCCAAGGGUGUAUUUUUCAUUCCUAACAAAAUUAGGUUCCCUUUCAGCAUUUGGAUGACUGUUCCAUGUCCCUACAUGCACAGGUCUGGUUGACUAACUAGGCUGUGGAAGCAGAUGGCAUGUCAUGAACUGUUAAAAUCAUUCAAAAACUGCGAAGAACUAAAAGCUACAAAUCUUUAAGAAGCAGCUUCAGCAAAUCAGUCUUCCUGUUAAGAGUUUCAGUGUUGAUUGUUAGCUUUUUGCAUUUGUAAAUUGGAGAGGACGCUUGUCUGCCAUUAUCCUAGGGCCUUUAGAGAGAAGAGAAGCUUUAGCACACUGUGCUAGGGCAGACAGUAGGUGCGGCAGCUAGACCUUGUGCUUGGCUUGUGCUGGGGUUAAUUCCAGUAAAAAGCAAUGAUUCAUUUAAAGUUCUGAAGUAUGUUUAUGGGAAACUACCAGUAGUUUCCAGAUCUUGAGAACUACAGGGCAACAGUUCAGAAACAAGCAGGGCUUGUGAGUGUAUCUAAAAAGGACUUAAAGUAACGUAGUUAUUGUUAUAUUGUCAGAAUGAAUGCCUUUGCCUGGAAUAGCGUGUUGCAGCAGCAGAACAGCGUGCAGGUACUUAACAGAAACUGGGAAGGCCUAGAAACACAUACAAAAUGGAGAUGGAGGUUGAACUGGCACACAGCGAGAAACACAGAAAAAAUGGAAGAUUUAUUUUUUUUACUUUUUUUUUUUAGAUUGGAGGGGAGAUCUGAUUAAACUUGAGAACUAAAAUAACAUGAAACAAACUGUCUUAGGAAAAUGCCUUUACUAUCCUUGCUAAAACAGUGCAAAAUCAAACAGUGUAUGACCCCUUAGGAAAACACGAAGACUGUUCAUACUGGGCAAACCAAAGCCCUGUCUAGCUCCCGGUCUUGUUUCUGACAGUGGUCAGGAGCAGAUGCUUAGGAAAAAAGCGAGGGACAGUACGGACUAGCCGGUGUAGUUCUAGCUAGAAAAUAAGUAGAAGAACUUAUGUGUGUGUUUGUAAGGCAAAUCUGCAGAGAUGUGUGCACUGAAAUGUACCAUUCUCCUCAUGGGCGGAAAAUCGGGACACUUCUCUGCCUUUUACUCUUCUGCUCUCUGUAUCUACCUGCGUUUACUCUAGUACUUUUAGUAUCUGGAAGUAUGCCUGUGUGAUAAUGAGCAAACAUUUAGUCAUGGCCCUCAAGUCGUCAAGCUUGAAGUAGUUUUAGAUAUGGCAUAGCAAAUCAUGGUGACAACUGAUCAGAUGAAAUGAAGUACAAAUAUUUAGGGAGCAAAUCAUGGGAUUGCUUUAAGUAUCAAUUUAAUCUUCUUUCAGAUAUGAUGAUGCUUGAAUGCAAGCACUAUCACAAUCUUCCAAAGACCAGGUCUUUCACUGAUUCUCCCUAUUAUAGGAAAUUGAUAUGAGAGUAAUUUUUCCUCUCAUCAACAAUAAGUUAUUGAGGUGCUGAUAAGAACAAAUAAGGUGUUUUCUUUAGUUGUCCAAAAAUAGUGUGUCUGUUACACACUGAAUCUAGUACUGGUUGUUUCUCUCCCACCCUGCUGCAGUAGAAGAAAACAGGAAAAUUUGAUACUGUGAGGUCUGUCACUGGAAGAAAAUUGGAAAAGGGCUUUUUCUGAGGAUAACCUCAGACAGCUGUGGGUGAGCAUGGCUGACCAAAAUCAGGUAAAUGUUCCAAGCAAGUGGCAUCAAAUGGAAAUCUUUCUGAGCGUGUUUACAUAUUGCUAGUAGCCACCAGAAGAGCUCUCUUCUGUCAUGGUAAUAAGUAAACAUGCUCCCUAGUGUCUUGUUUAAAAACAAACACCACCAAAUCUGCUGCCCGCUUGCUUACAGUAGGAGUUUGGAAUUCAUCUACAUCUGAAUUAGAUCCUGCCUACUAGCAAAAGCUGGCAGAGAAUGGUUUUAAAACAAACAAACCAACCAACCCCCAGUUGCUGAGGACAAAGCAUUUGAAUGGAAUUUGUCUAAUCUGCAAUGAAAUCUUUUACUUUUCUUAGCAGGAGAAAAAGUAACUUGAGUGGGUCUUUACUGCAGCACAGUGUUAAUUUAAGGCUGUGUUGUUCCAAUUAUGAUUUUUAAAUCUUGUCUAUGAUAUAAAAUUCUUGUCUCUGUCCUGUUGAUUUGUCCAUUUUAAAACCCUAUGCUCAUUAUUUUCCAUCAUUUAAAGGCCUAUUUAUUGAUUACAUUUAGUAAAGGGGCUUGCUGUUAAUUUAGAAAAAAGGCAGUAUAUGCUCAGUCAUUAAGCUGAGUUUGAACAAAGCAUCUCUUUGCUAUAGGAACAAAUACAUACAGACUGCAAUUGUGUAAAUGCAUCCUAAUAGAUUUGCCUUUCACAGUGUGAGAUCAGGCUUCAGGUGGUCAUAUACCCAAGCAGUCAGGUGGCUGUACUUCAAAACCAUUACCUGUUUGAGUCUUGAUGGCAGCAUUGGGCAUUGCGGAGAUGCAGCGACGGAUCAUCUUUUGCCCUGUUUGCAUCCUUCUGCCUGUGUUGUCUGCCCUUUACGGAUAGAUUCAGUCUUUCAGGUUUGUGAUCUGCAUGGAACAGCAUCUCAGUUUUGUAAGACUGCGUGUGAAUAUAAUUGCUAGAUAACAUGCAUGCACUUCUGAUGCAUAUCUGAUAUAGCUACAGGUGUUUUGCAGUCUAGCUGCAAGAACAACUCUGCAUUUUAAUUUAUUUGAUGUUUUUCCAUUUACUGAGACAGGUAACAGUAUCUGAGAGAACUCAACUCUGUAAGUCGAAGGCCUGCCGAAUUUCAGUCAGCUGUGCAGGACCUUGGCGUUUUGCUAGCUAGGACCAGGUAGGCAUAUAGCUGUUUAAAGGCAGGUCAAAGAGAGACUUUCUAAAGCUUAAAGGUAACUCAUCUAUUAAUCCCGUACUGGACGUGUAAUGUGACGUCCAAAUUAGCUAUAAAUACCCUCUAAUUUAUCAAACUGAGGCUUUUGGUCACUUCGCAUUGCAACAAGCUUAGAUUAAAAUCAACAUUCAAUUAAAAGGUGUUUCCUAAACCAUGCAGAGUGAGCUUUCUCGCUCUCAGUGAUUAUACACUUCUUAAUUCUCUUUCAGGCAGCGGACUAGAAAGUUCAUAUAUACAUAUACAUAUAUAUAUAUAUAUACAUAUCCUAUUUUAAAAGAAAUGGGAGCAGGGAGGACUAUAGCCAUAGAAGUCUUGUCUGCUUUCAUACAACGGCACUUUUAGUCCAAUGAUUACCUCUGCCAGAAACCUUAUUCUAAAACACAUUUUCCCACAGACUUCCUUUUCUCCCUGUUCUAUCUUCUGAUGUAUGUCUGAAAGUUUAUAAAGCUUUAAAGAGACAGAGAAGCAGUGUCUACAAAUGAUGUUUGAUUUUUGUCUGGGGGGGGGGGUGAGUUUCUCUGUAAAUUUGUCACUUGGAUUCAGCUGCUUUCCUUGCCCUCAUUCUCUCCCGUGUCAAAUGUUAGAAAGACACAGAUGUUGAAUCCCCAGCUGUCUAAGGAUUUUUCUUUCCAAGACUAGGAUUCCGCUGACAGCUGAGCCUGAAAAAACCUUAACUUCUCCAGAUUAAAGACAACAUAUAUUUUUAUAGAAAUGUAAUUGUAUAUUUUAAAAGUUUCCUGCAGCUUCUCCACAUGUAUUUUUCCCCUUUUAGUUCAGAUUUGAUAUCAACUUUUUUGUGUUCAUUCUUCUUAUGUUCUGUUUUUAAAUUUGUAGCAAAGCUUUGGUGUACUGUACAGGAGCAGUCAGCCUUUGUAAUUACUGUAUAAAUGCUUUAUAAUAAAGUAUAUUACUUUUAUUUUAACAAGUGAGCAGACACUUCCUUUUGCGUGUUUGCUGCCUAGGGCACCUUUUAAAAGACUGUUACAUGUUUAAAAUGUACAUAUAUAAAUAUAUUUACCUGUUGCUGUACAGUUGUGAUAGACUGGACUGAAUUUAUUUUUUGUGUGCUUUUUUAUAAAAUAUUAAUACACUAAAGGAAAUCUUGCUGAUGUGAUUGUAAUGUACUAUGUAACUUAUUUACUUAAUAUCCUCUAUCUAUCUAAAAACCCUUUUAUUAAAUGAGGUUUAAAAAGUA